AUGUCGGACGUCGAAAUGGUGGAUGAAAAGGUAAAGGACGCGCUAGAUGAGAGUGCCGAAAAGACAGACACGGAAGAUGACGAAUCGUCGGAAGGUACCAACACGGAGGAUGAAGACACCGAGGACGAUGAUAAUGACGAAUCGAUUGAAUCGAAACACAUUAAAGAGUACAUCGAGAUACUUACUAAAAUUGCAGGAGACAAGUACAAUUACGAUAAUUACGCUGAACUGCUGGAAGUUGCGCACCAAAUGAACGAUCUGGAAAAGAUUCGCCAGAGUGCAGAAAUAUUUUCCGCGAUGUACCCACUGUCACCCGAGAUUUGGCUAAAGUGGCUGAAAAUUGAAUCUUCCCUUGCGUCAACGGACGAGCAGGUGGAAAAAGUCGAAAAGCUGUUCCAGCGCGCACUUAACGAUUACUAUUCUGCCGAAGUAGCGUUGGAGUUCGCAGAGCUUGCGAUGAAAAGCAGCAGUAAGGACAUUUCGUGCCGAAUUUGGAAAACAUUAAUACCCACGUACGGAUUGCAUACAGUGAAAGGAAGAUCUAUCUUUGAAGCGUAUCGAGAAGAUACAUUAACAAAGAAUGGAGAUUCCCCAGAAAGCUUCAAUCGAUUGGCCCGGAUUUAUGAGCAAGAGUUGAAGAUACCUCUACGCAACAUGGAGGACUCGUACAUCGAGUACAAGCUGUUGUGUGAGAAAUACAAAGAUGUCAUUACGGAUUUGGACGAGGAAAAAUUUGAACGACGGUACAAACAAGCCAAGGAAGUCCUGCAACGCAUGCUCCCUCACGAAAAUGCCCUAGGAGCGCUGGAGGCCCAUUGUCAUCAGGAAAGGGCCGACCUGUACCGAAAGUAUAUCGCUGAAUGUCAGCCAGUGAUGGAUGACGAUGAGGUACAAAUUCUCUACGAGCGUAUGGUUACCGAAUGUUGCCUGGAUGGGAUGGUUUGGUACGAUUACGUACGCUACCUUCAUCGAUGUCCAUCGGAUCCGGAAGAAAAUCCGGCUUCACCUGUCUUUCGACAGACGGAACUGGAUCUGGUGAAUCGAGCUUUGCGCAACUGCACGUGGAGCGCUGAGCUGUACGUGGAGAAGAUGCGUAUAGUGGAGCGGCAGGCGAAACCUACUUCCAAAAUGACGAUCCUGAAGAUAAUGGAGGAUGUCGCGUCGGCUGGUCUUCAAACACCCGAGGCAUCCGUAAAGGUAUGGCUGGAAUACUUAACGUAUUUGCGCCGAGUGACGGACUUUGCGAGCGAAAAGGAACGGGAUAUAUUGCGCGCCAACUUUGAUCUUGCUUGGAACCAGUUGGGCCGGACUUGGGGCGUGUUGGCCGAUCCGCAGUGUAAGAUUCUACAGUUUUGGGGCAGGCUCGAAUAUGAAGCACUGGGAGAACCGAGCAAGGGGCGUGACCUGUGGUACAGUGUAAUGGACAGUUCCGAUAAUUCAACUCGUGUUGGAUUAUGGAUCGAGUUCAUCGAACUAGAAGCAAAGCGAGGCCCAGAUGCUGUGCGGAAAUUGUACCGAAAAUCAAUCUCCAGCACCGGCUUGGAUGAUCCGGAAACGUUGGCCGCCGCUUGGUUGCGCUUUGAACGGUGUAACGGAACACUGGAUCAGUUGAUAAGCUGCCAGGAGCUGUGCAAUGCCACGAUCGAAAAGUACUACAAAACAAUGUCCAAAAAUGGACCACCUAACCGUGCAGCGAAAGGAAAACGCACGGAUAUCGGUGGAACAAGCACCUCAAACAAUGACUCGGAAGCGACGACUAUGAAGCGGCAUACAUCGUCCGCUGACGGCACAAGUGGAUCGCCAGGAAAGAAGAAACUGAAACGUUCCCAUGACCAAAUGUCGGACAGUGCAGGCGAGCGGCAGGCAGAAUUUAAAACUCCAGCCAUUCCAGUUGCUAACAACUUUAAACAUCCAGACACGAAGCACGAUUCGGCAAAACAGCUCAAAAUGGACGAUGAUAGCAAUUACAUUUCAAAAGGAGAUCAAAAUCGGCAAGUGUUCAUUAGCAAUCUCAGCUUUGAAGUGACGGAGCCCGAUAUUAGAGCGAUCUUUCCCGAUUUAACGAUCGAGUCGAUUGAGCUGGUUGCUUCCAGUUCGGGAAAAAGUCGAGGAUUCGGCUACAUGCAGCUUGCUAGUAGUGAUGAAGUGCCGAAAGCGCUCGGUUUCGAUCGCCGUCCAUUGAACGGUCGUCCAGUGUUUAUAUCCAAUGUAGCACGCGAUAAGGCGAAUCGUCAACAUCAGUUUAAGUAUUCGUCGUCCUUCGAACCGAACAAACUGUUCAUCAAAGGACUCCCAUUCACCUUGGGCCGUAAUGAGCUGGAGAAAUUGUUUAAACCAUUCGGUCCCAUCCGAGACAUACGCAUUGUUUGCUUCAGAAGUGGAAAAUCGAAGGGGUUAGCGUACCUGGAGUACGAAACGGAGACGGCCGCCAAGAAUGCGGUGCUGAAGAUGGAUCAACACGUGAUCGAUGGGUUCACGAUUACGGUUGCCAUUUCGUCACCGCCACCGAAGAAAAAUCCAACCGCUACCGAACCAAAUCUUGCCGUGGGCGAUGGCGGUGGGUCAAGCUUUAGCCUCGGUUCCGGCAAGAAACAACUGACCAAAGGGGAUGUAAAGCAAAAGUUAUCGGCCAUGAUUCCGACCGCCGUCUUGAAAAAGAACGCUACUUCUACAGUGACACCAAGUGGUCAAGACGAAGAUAAACCAAAAUCUAACGACGAUUUUCGAAAGCUCUUGUUGAAGUAA